AAGAAAAAGUUCCAUAAGCUUCACUGCCACAUUUUGUAAAGUUUUCAUGCAUCUGAUACCUACAAAAACCCUUAUCAUGGUUCAACUUAUUGCAUCAAUCUAGCUUCAACAUUUCCAUCAUUUUGUUGCUAUAGUCAUCUUCUCAAUUGAUCCUUUCCAAUGGCUACCAUAGUUCAAUAUGCAUUGGCCUUGUUUUGUCUCUUGGUGUUGAUGCAAAAGGGUGAUGCCUAUGAAUUUGUAGUUGGAGGCCAAAAUGGUUGGAGUGUUCCAAGUGACCCUAAUGCCAACCCUUACAAUCAAUGGGCAGAAAAGAGCAGAUUUCAAGUAGGAGACUCCCUAGUGUUCAAUUACCAAUCUGGCCAAGAUUCAAUAAUUCAAGUAAACAGCCAACAAGACUAUGAAAAUUGCAACACUGAUGCACCAUCUUCUGCAAAAUCCUCUGAUGGCCACACAGUAAUCAAACUCAAUAAAUCAGGACCUCACUACUUCAUAAGUGGAAACAAAAACAACUGUCUCAAGAAUGAGAAGCUAUUGGUGAUUGUACUUGCUGACAGAACAAACAAAAACUCAAACACAAACCAAACAACCACUCCUCCUUCUCCUUCACCAUCUGUUUCUGUUUCUCCUUCUCCUUCUCCAUUAUCCUCACACUCAUCAGAUGCAUUAGUUCCUAUACUGCCACCUUCUCAGCUAGAGGGUUCAUCUCCACCGCCCUUUCAACCAGUAGGUUUAACUCCACCACCUAUUCAGCAAGUAGGUUCAUCUCCACCACUAGGGACUGAUGUGACAAAUCCAAUUAUUCCAACUUCAGCUCCUGUUUCUGAACCUCCUCCUCCUCCUCCUCCUAAUACUGCUUCUUCAAUCUUGGUUAGCUUUGGUUGUUCUGUUGGAGCACUCGUGGUUUCAGUUCUGGUUUUUUCCAAGUGAAAAGUAUGAGUGGUUGAGUACGAUUUCUAUAACUUAUUUAUUUUUUCUUCUCAUAGCACUCAUGGAGAAGUGAGAAAUAAGGUGGUAAUCUAUAUAGUUAUGUACCCUUUUGUGUGCUUCUUACAAUGUAAGAAUAUUCAAUAAGUUGAACUUGAAAUAAAUAAACAUAUUUUAUGCAGGA